AUGGCACUAGUGAGGAGCAGUGCUUUGUUGGGUGUGCACUGCUGGGUGGGUGUGGGAUCUAGGCUGAUUUUUAUACUCAGUAGCAGCAACUGUGGAAGCCAAAAACUCUAUCCUUUGAGACUUCAAGCCACUGAAACAGCAGCUUUCUGUUUGGGUUCUAGUCCCCUCAUGCUAGGUGGACUGAAAUAUGCUCUAGGCUUAAUCAGCAGCUUGGCAGCCCCACAUCCCCUGACCUCACUUAUUCCUAGCCGCGGCUUCCAAACCAGUGCCAUUUCAAGGCACAUUGACACGGCAGCCAAGUUCAUUGGGGCUGGGGCUGCCACUGUAGGGGUGGCUGGCUCUGGGGCUGGAAUUGGGACUGUGUUUGGGAGCCUCAUCAUUGGUUAUGCCAGGAAUCCCUCUCUGAAGCAACAGCUCUUCUCCUAUGCCAUUCUGGGCUUUGCCCUCUCGGAAGCCAUGGGGCUCUUUUGCCUGAUGGUGGCCUUUCUCAUCCUCUUCCCCAUGUGAAGGAGUCGUCUCCACCUCCCAUAGGUCUUUCUCCCAUGUCUUGUCUGCCCUGUAUGCCCUGUAUGUUCCUUUUCCUAUACCUCCCCAGGCAGCCUGGGGAAAGUGGUUGGCUCAGGGUUUGACAGAGGAAAGACAAAUAAAUACUGUAUUAAUAAGAUCUUUAA